UACUACCUAAUGUUACAUCGCUCUUUUUAUCAUCUACUUUUUCAGUAACUAGAACACCAUAGCGCGUUCCGCGCACCCAAUAUACGUAAAUGCAAUAUAAUGUUGAAAUACUUAACGGUAUUAUCAUUAUUGAUACGUAAAGAAAGUAAAAUAGUCUAAUGUGCAUAAUUUACAUAAAUAAUUUUAUUGAUAUAAUUCUAUAUAAACAUAAUUUUUAACAAACGAAGUUUGUCUUUAAUUACCUAAAUACAUUUUUAAUGAAUUCCAAGAAUGCACUCGAGACAUAGCUAUGUACAAUUAACUGUGAUUGAAAACAUUUCUUCGAAGAUCAAUACCAAUUUUGUCUAAAAUUUGUUCUUAAGAUUUAUUAAUAGUUAUUGUAAAAGCCAAACGCAUUGGAAACUGACGUCUUUUAAAAGUAAAUGGAUAUAUAUUUUCACAAUACGGAGUAAUCCAAUUAAGAAAUACUAUGUUAUUGCGUUCGUCUCCUGUCAAUAUUUUUGAUUUUAACAAAUGAUUAGAAAGAUCAAUUAUUUGUAAUCUUGUUCCAUUACAUAAUCCAUACAUACAUAAUCCAUUACAUAAUAAUAUUACAUAAUCCAUUACAUAAACAUACCAUCAUGUUAAUUUUCUGAUUAACAUGACCAUGCAGAAUUUUCUUAUACGUAAUUUAUGAGAAAGAAAAUUAGGUGGAUUUAGUGAAUUAAGAUAUUCUGGUAAAUGGAUAUCUUGCAUAUUACCAUUGUCAUAAUUUUCUGUAUUUUCUUGUCAUAAUUUAUGCUAGUACAUGUGUUCAGUACUUUUAUUUAAUAAAUUAGUAAUUUUAUUAUUAUCUACAUCAGUAUUUCUGGCUGAUAGAAUUGUACAGUGACUAAUUUCAGAAAACUUUUUUUUUAUUAAUUUUUCAAAAAUAUUUUGUACAAUGCAUUAAUUAUGCAAUAUUAUGGAAGCUGUAAAUUAUUGUCAUGAUCAUUUAUUUAAUGAUCUAUUAUCGAAAUCCAAUAAAUAUUUUGCAAAUUCAAGUUCAUAUAGUAAGACUUUCUAUUAGAUUUUAAGUUAAAUAUCAUAAAAAUUAGACAUAAUUAAGAGUUUUUAUAAUAAACAAAUUGAGAAUUUCAUUACAUAUUCCAUUAACUUUAAUUGGAAACAGUUGUCUGAAAUCACCACUUAAAACCAUUAUUUUUACCACCAAGUGGUUGAUCAGUCUUCAAAUAUUUUAAUGUUCUAUUUACGAUUUCCAAAGCACAUUUUAGGGCCAUUGGUGCUUCAUUCCAAAUGAAAACUUUUGUAUGUUUCAAAGUAAUUAGAUUGUAUUUUUGUAUUUGAAGAUAAAUUACUAAACAUCAGAAUUGGCAAACCAUAAGUUUUAUGCACUGUUUUUCCAUUUGGUAGCAAUGUAGCAACAAUACCGGUAUAGGCCUUUAUUAAAUAUUUGAUAUUAUCUGACAUUAUAAGAUCGUAAAUGACAGUAUAAACGAAAGUUUUGGUUUUAUUUACAUUCUAUUUUAUAGAUUUAGCGUACACACAUUUCGCACGUCAUAAUGGCUUGUUUUGAUUUGUGAAAUUCGGAGGAAUAGUCGAUAUAAAAUAAUUUUUUUUUUAUUACUCCAAGUUUAUUUACAAUCUGUGUCACGUAUUGAGACAAUAAGAAAAUGUUUAUUAAACAGCAGUUUAUUAUACUCUUAUUAUACUAGCAGUUAUUAUAUUAGCAGUUUCUUAUUAUAUUAGCAGUUUAUUAUACUCUAGUGAGUAUACUGUUUUUAUUUUACAGUAUGAUUGAAAUAAUUCUGUUAAUUUAUUUGCGCAUUCAUUAGUUUAUGUUCUUUAGUCUGGUGUUGAUGAUGGAUGUCUUGAGAAGUUUGUUGACAAGCUUAUUUGGAUGGUUUUGAAGAUUGAAAUUAUAUUUUGCGUAGCAUUUUUUAAUUUCUUCUUUAACUUCUUUAACCGUUCUUUUACUUCUAAUCUAUUAAUCAUUUCAGAUAAUUUCAUUAGGUUCGAAUCAUGGAGCCCGUAUUAUAUUGCGUAGAACUUUCGAUUGAAAUCUUUUCAGGAUUUAGAUAUUCAAGUUAGAAGCAGCAUCCCAUAGUUGAUCCCACAGCAUGCCAUAUGUCCAGAGUACAGCUUUAUAUAACAACAGUUUGUUUUCAAUUGACAGCUCCGAUUUUGUUCCGAUGAACCAGUACAUUUUUCUCCAUUUGAGACCCAACUGUUUACGUUUAGUAAAUAUAUGUUCUUUCCAUGUAAGUCUUCAGUCUAGAUGAAUACCUAGAUAUUUUACUUGAUUGCUUUGCGGAAUAUAUUUAUUGUUUAAUCUAAUAGGAGGGACAGGUCUCUUUUCGAAGUGUUGUAUGUAUUGAUUUGCUUUCAUUUACUAUUAUUCUUCAGGAGUUAAACCAAUUUUGAAGGUGAUUUUUUAACUAGUUUUGUAAUGUUUUGGUAGCUAUUUUUGCUUCUAAGUGUACUGUUAAAAUUGCUGUAUUAUCUGCAUAUGUUACUGUCAAGAUAUUAAUAGACUUUGAUAGGUCCGAGGUAUAUAACAGAUAUAGUGUUCGACCUAGAACACUGCUUAUAUUAACAGAUGUUUUGAUAUGUUUUUAUUUAGUUUAACUUAAUAGUCUCUAUUGCUUAGAUAAGACUGGAACAAUUCGUAGUGAGACCGAGGAAAAAAUCUCUUAAGAUUGUGCAGUAGCCCUUUAUGCCAAACCUUGUUUAAAAUUUGAGUUGAAAAAUAUCUCUUCAUUCCUCUACAAACUUAAAUCCUUUCCACAUACCACCCACCAUACUACAGUGCUAUUUUAACCAGUCUCAAAACAAAAAGAAAAUAUACAAAAAUAUAAAAACUAAUGUCAAUCAAUAAUAAUAAAUUCAAAUUACUAUCGACACCGCACGACACCUGGCGAUGGUACGGUAAAGCUCUUGCUUUGCACACCAACUAAUAAGGAAAAGAAGCAGUCCGACUCUAUAUAUCAUUAUUUGGCGACGAAAGCAACGGGGCAAUUCUGUGGGCGCUGUAUUUGAUUUUAUUUUUACAGUCUAGUGAAAAGUAAUUAUCAUUGAACUGAAGACUGUUCAGACAAUCAAUAAAUGACUAUUUUGCCUAUCGAGUAAUUUUAUAAAUAAUUUGUAAGCACAUGACGCACCAUUGCUUGGCGCAAAUCAAACACGUCCAAGUUACUCGUGAAAACAACUUAUGACAAAAAUAUAUGCAUUCUUCUCUUUCUGCCCCUCCAACGCAGAAUCACCUCGUUGCCACUACCGAAUUUCGUAUCUGAAUACGACCUUAACAUUACUUAACAUGGCGACGGCAUAGGUAGCAAUAGACCAUCAGUAUACAAGCACAAGAUGCAAAUAAAAUUUUCUGUAACGAAAAAAACUCGCAAGGGUUGAACAAGGAACGGGGUUGUCGACGAUGGGCAGCCACUUGAUGAACCGAGCAACGCAAUUGUUCUCUGAUGUCGAUUAGAUUAACUAUAGAUUAGAUUUUCUCCCGUCUACGACUCAGGAAAGAACGCGCGUGCGCAUGCAAGUCCGAGUAGAGAAAGAAGAGCUGGAGAGAGAGAAAGAGAGAGAGAGGUAACAGCGGCACUCGGCAGCAACAACGAAAUCGAUCGAGGAAGUUGCCGUCACGCCGGUCGUUUAUAGUCACGCGCAGUCCUGGUGCCGCUAAAGCAGCAAGCAUAAAGAUAACGUGGAUUGCAAAGCCAAAGAAAUAGUAACGAAUAAAGGAAAGAGAACGAUCAAGGGGAAUAGAUACAGCCAACGCGCGUUCGAAAUAGAGGGUUAACGCGGGAACGGUGCCUCUCUCCACAAGUUGCACGUCACCAUGAAGCUCGUCGACAACGUGGUACGGAGCUUCAAGGUGGCCAAAAUCUUCCGCGAGAACACUGACCGCAUCAACAGCAUUGACUUCUCCACUACCGGCGACACGCUGAUAUCAUGCUCCGAAGACGAUCAGAUCGUUAUCUACGAUUGCGAGAAGGGCACACAGAUACGCACUGUCAAUUCAAAGAAGUAUGGCGUCGAUCUCAUUCACUUCACCCACGCCAAGAACACUGCCAUCCACAGCAGCACCAAAGUCGACGACACCAUUCGCUACCUGAGUCUGCACGACAAUAAGUACAUCAGAUACUUUCCCGGCCACACCAAGAAGGUCGUUUCGCUUUGCAUCAGUCCCAUCGAAGACACUUUCCUCUCGGGCUCCAUUGACAAGUCGCUCAGACUUUGGGAUCUGCGAUCACCUAAUUGCCACGGGGUCAUGAACGUUGCCGGCCGACCGGUCGCCGCCUACGACCCGGAGGGCUUGAUUUUCGCGGCCGGCGUCAAUUCCGAGUCCAUUAAGCUGUACGACCUGAGGAGCUUUGACAAGGGUCCAUUCACCAACUUCAAGCUCCAGCAUGAGAAAGAAUGCGACUGGACAGGGUUAAAAUUCAGUCGGGACGGCAAAACUAUUUUGAUUUCCACCAAUGGCAGCAUCAUCAGACUUAUAGAUGCCUUUCAUGGCACUCCAUUGCAAACAUUCACAGGUUAUCUGAACAAUAAAGGUAUCCCUAUAGAGGCUAGCUUUAGUCCAGACUCCCAAUUUGUGUUCAGUGGCUCUACUGAUGGAAGGAUACAUGUGUGGAAUGCAGACACUGGUUACAAAGUUUGCGUUCUCAAUGGAGAUCAUCCUGCACCUGUACAGUGUGUACAGUUUAAUCCUAAGUACAUGAUGUUGGCGUCUGCUUGUACAAAUAUGGCCUUUUGGCUACCAACAGUAGAUGACAUGUCUUAAGGAUAUACUGCAAUGCCUUGUCUCUGCCAAUUGCAAGUUACAAAAAUCAAAGUGUCACAGUGGUCAGCAUCUGAGCUGGUUCCUGCAAAACAAGUUACUGUAAAUUGUUGUAACGAGAAUUCAACAUUGCACUCUGUAAAAAUGGAACACUCUUCUAUAAAUUUAUAUUGAUGUAUAAACUACUAGUGACAAUGGACACUACUAAGAUUCAUAGCAUUGUUGUGCCACGAGAUUAUAUUUAUAAGUGGCUUGAUUUUUUACAUUAGCCAACUUGAAAUGUUGACUAAAUACUAAAGUAUUUAAAUAUGUCGUCCACAUGCGGUUAUUUCUUGAAAACUAUGUUUCAUGAACGUUAUGUCAUUUUAUAGUCAUAUUUCUAAAUGUUCACAGGCUUAUUGUCUUAGUUAUAACAGCUUAUAAUACCAAGUUCUCAGCAUUUCAUAACAUAGCUUCUAAUACAUAUUUAAAAUUUAUUUUCUAUAUACACCUCAAGUUUUAAGUUAAUUAGUAAAGAGUUUGUACUCUAGAUGUCACAGCAGGGAAAUUUAAUAUAUUUUUUUCAAAAUUAUUAUGCGUAGAACUAUUGUUUGUAUACUGAUAAUGAAGCAUUAUCAAAGUUGACUGUAACUUAAGCACAAAAGUGAUUUUAAGGAAAUUAAAAUUUAAUUUAGUCACAUAUUUAUUUACUUUUGUAAUGUUUUCUAAAUAUUUAAUAUUUUUUAAUUAUUUAGACAAUGAAGCCUUGUAUGCCUGACUUCUAUUGAAAAAAUAUUAAACCGUAAAAAAUCUUCCUUAUGCUUACUGAAUGUGGUAUGAAAAUUCAUAAAAAACGUUCAAAAUAUUAUUAAGAAAAUAGGCAGACAAUUUUGUGUAGCUAUUAAAGCAACAAAAAAUUCUUGUAAAAUUCCAGUAUAGUUAUAUUUUGAACUAAACUGUAAAGUUAUCUCUUUUUCUUGACGACAUUUGUGAUGAAUGUAUUAAUUUUCUCCUAAUGUAAUUUCAUUGUGUGUGAUAAGUGUAUGAAUGAUAUUUGUAAAAUAGUAUUUUUUAUAAUGAAAUAAAGAAAACUGAGAUGUAUAAUGGUAAUUAUCUAUAAAUAGUGGUUGAUAAACAUUAUUAAUAUAACUCAGGGCUAAAAGAAAGUACCAGAUAAAAACUAUUAAUAUAAAUACAUUUGUACCCAACAUUUUUUAUGAGAAAUUUAAAAAUAAUGAGAGAUUUCAACUAACUCUGCACAGAUUACUUUUAUUUUACUGCCAAUAAUUAAUAUCAUUAUCAUAUGAGAAGUAAAUAAAUAUCCACUUCUAAAAUUUUCUUAAGGAGUAUUACAAUAAAUAAAUUACAUGUGUAAUUUACUAGAAUAUUCAAGAGUAAAUCAAACUUGAAAAGCUUCCAAAUGAAUAAUUCAUAAUGCACUAAAUAUAGCAGUUCAAAAUGAAAUUUAUAAUAAUUUUCAAAUGAACCAAUUGUUAUUACAUUGUAACUUUAUUUCUUAUGAAAUCGUAA